AUGACUCUUCCCAUCAUCAUCUCGAACAACUUGUCGGAAACACAAGAAGCGAGAGUUGUCAAAGUGGUGAAGCAACAUAUAUUGGCGAUCGGUUGGCAAAUUUCGGACAUCCGAGGAAUUAGUCCCUCGGUGGUCAUGCACAAGAUCCACCUAGAAAACGAGUCAAGAGCAUCGGCUCAAAGACAACGGCGUUUGAAUCCAAAUAUGAAGGAGGUCGUGCACAAGGAGAUAGUAAAACUUCUCGACGCCGGAAUUAUAUACCCCAUAUCCGAUAGUGCGUGGGUUAGUCCCAUCCAAUGUGUUCCAAAGAAAGGGGGGAUGACGGUGAUUGAGAACGAGAAGGGUGAGCAAAUUUCCACUAGGACGGUAACGGGAUGGCGUGUUUGUAUUGACUACCGCAAGUUGAAUACGGAGACGAGGAAGGACCAUUUUCCGUUACCAUUUAUCGAUCAAAUGUUGGAGCGGGUAGCGGGCCACGCUUAUUAUUGUUUUCUCGAUGGAUAUUCCGGGUACAAUCAAAUUCUUAUCUUCCCGGAUGACCAAGAGAAAACAACUUUCACAUGUCCUUAUGGAACGUUUGCUUAUCGGAGGAUGCCGUUUGGUCUUUGUAAUGCACCGGCAACAUUUCAACGAUGUAUGACUUCCAUCUUCGCCGAUAUGAUUGAAGAUAUUAUGGAAGUCUUCAUGGAUGAUUUUUCGGUAUUCGGGGACUCUUUUGAGAUAUGCUUAAAUAAUCUUGAACGAGUGUUGGCCCGGUGUGAGGAGACCAAUCUAGUCUUGAAUUGGGAGAAGUGUCAUUUCAUGGUAGAGGAAGGAAUUGUCUUGGGACAUAAAAUCUCCAAGGACGGCAUUGAAGUAGAUAGAGCAAAAACGGAAAUCAUCGAGAAAUUACCACCACCAACUACCGUAAAGGGAGUUCGUGCCUUCUUAGGGCACGCCGGGUUUUAUCGACGAUUCAUCAAAAAUUUCUCUUCCAUUGCUCGUCCUUUAACUAAUUUACUUGUUAAAGAUAUUCCUUAUGAAUUUACUAAUGAUUGCCUUGAUGCUUUUGCUAGGUUGAAAGAAGCCCUCAUCUCGGCCCCAAUUAUUUCAUCACCCGAUUGGACUCUUCCUUUCGAACUCAUGUGUGAUGCAAGUGAUAUAGCACUCGGGUGCGUAUUGGGGCAACGGAGGGAGAAAAAGCUUCACGUGAUAUACUAUGCGAGCCGAACAUUGGCGGAGUUUGACAUCGAAAUUCGCGACAAGAAAGGAACGGAGAACGUCGUCGCCGAUCACUUGUCAAGGUUAGAGAUUCCGGAACCAAUUAUAAGUGGCGUAGAGAUUAAUGAAACGUUUCCGGAUGAGAUGUUGAUGGUACUUUCGGAAGUGGAAACGCCAUGGUAUGCGGAUAUCGCAAACUAUCUAUCUUCCGAAAUAAUGCCACCGGAUUUGACUUACCACCAAAGGAAGAAGUUCUUGAGCGAUGCUAAACGGUUUCUAUGGGAGGAACCGUACCUCUUCAAGGUGUGUGGAGAUGGGAUUUUGAGGAGAUGUGUACCACUACAAGAGAUGAUGCCUAUACUUAGUCAAUGCCAUUCUUCGGACUAUGCGGGCCAUUAUGGUACAUCAAGGACCGCGGCUCGUGUGCUAGAGUGCGGAUUCUUUUGGCCUACGCUAUUUCGUGAUGCGAAAGACUUUGUUAGUCAUUGCGAUCGAUGCCAAAGAGUGGGGAACAUAUCGAAGAGAGAUGAAAUGCCGCUUACCAACAUUCAAGAGGUGGAACUUUUUGAUGUGUGGGGAAUAGACUUCAUGGGUCCUUUUCCUAUGUCGUUUGGAAAGCAAUACAUAUUGCUCAAUUUUGACCUUAAAGCGGCGGGGGAGAAACGUAUGCUUCAACUCAAUGAGUUGGACGAAUUUCGGUUAAAUGCCUAUGAAAACGCCAAGCUUUACAAAGAGAAGACGAAACGAUGGCAUGACGCUCAUAUCGUGCCUAAAACGUUUGUGGAGGGCUCUUUUGUCUUGCUCUACAACUCGCGCCUCAAAUUAUUUCCCGGGAAAUUAAAAUCCCGUUGGAGCGGUCCUUUCAAGAUUCGAACGGUGGCAAGUCAUGGAGCUUUGGAAUUGGAGAAUUCUAGUGGUAUAUACAUGAUUUCAGGAGGUUUCCGUUCGUGA